UAGAUUUUUAAGUUCAGUUUCUUUCAAGGAAGAGGACAAACUCGUAAAAUACCAUACAUGUCUCACAGACCAAACCAGAUUUGGAGCUGUCCUCUCUCUCUCUCUCUCUCUCUAGAGCCCUCUCUUGUGGAAUCAAUUAUCAUAUUCAGUCAUCAUUCACAUUUUCUUCUUCUGCUGCUGCUGCUUCCUCUUCUUCUUCUGCUUCUUCUUCUUUCGUUUGGAGGGUUUUCUUUUUCACUUUUCUGUGCUAUAAAUGCAGUCUCUGUUCACCUCAUUUUUGCUUUCUCUUUACUGUUUCUCUCUCUCUCUCUCUCUCUGGUUUCCUUCAUUGCAAACCAAGCUAGCCAGCUUCCUUUCCAGCUUUCUGAGGUCCCUCCCUCCCUCCCUCUCUCUCUCUCUCUCUCUCUCUGUUCCACAGUCACAGCCCACCAACCAACCAUUUCGUCCAAUCUCCACUUUUCUUAGUCUUCUCUCCAACAUUGCAGAAAUAAUUAAUAAAUAAAGCAAAGAGAGGAGACCCAUCUUUCUCCCUAUCUCGGAAUACAUUCCUUUCUGCAUUUUACCUUCCAAAGAUUAGAUUAUUGUCGGUCCUUAUUUGAGCAUUUCUUUUGGCCCACUCGGCUGCUUCCAAACCACUCCUCUUCUUCAUCUGUUAACUUUGCCCUCGGGUUUUGGUGGGUUUGGGUUGUUUCAAAUCUAUAUUUGCUCUCCCCAUCCAUCUAUGCUUAUUGGCUCUCUGUUGAUUCGGAUAAAGGUCUUCGCUUUUCUUCUUUGGGUUCUCAAGGAAGAAGAUCACGGGGGCUAGGUUUAGAUCACUGCAAAAGGUGGAAGUGAUUCAAUUUUUCAGUCCAGCCCUUCAGGUGGAAGUGAUUCAAUUUUGCAGUCCAGGAACUAGAAGGGAACAGAAAUUUCUUGUAUCGUGCAAAAUCACCUGCAAUGUCGUCCGAAGGUCUAAGUGCAGAAUUAUCAAAGAAAACAUCGUUUAUGGGUCUAAAGCUAUGGGUUAUAAUUGGUAUUUGUGUUGGUGCAUUCAUAAUUUUGAUACUCGGUAUCUUGUCUCUAUGGCUCACUCUGCGGAAAAAAUCUAGAAGAACACUAGACAAGUAUUCCCUUUCUCAGAUACCCAUUGUCUCCAAAGACAUCAAGGUUGACAGAGUUGGGUUUCAGAAUUCCCAUGAUCAUCCAGAGAGUUUGUUUCCCACGGUUCAUGAUAAAUCUACUGACAAAAAUUCAGAGAAGAUGUUAGUUCAUUUGAGUAUGAGCAAAUCAAGUGAUGGAGAUAAUAUCAGUCAGUGCAGCUCAGUCUAUCACAACGAGAGAGGCUUUAGUUCACAAUCAGGGGAAGAGGGAAGUUCUGGAACCUUCCGAAAGCAGUCUUCACAUCCUUAUGGGAUUUCAAUGGCCUCUCCUUUAAUUGGAUUGCCAGAAGUCUCACAUCUUGGUUGGGGUCAUUGGUUUACACUUAGAGAUCUUGAACUUGCAACAAAUCGUUUUUCAAAGGAGAAUGUGCUUGGGGAAGGUGGAUAUGGAGUUGUCUACAAGGGCAGACUCAUUAAUGGGACUGAGGUAGCAGUCAAGAAACUUCUUAACAAUCUGGGUCAGGCCGAGAAAGAAUUUAGGGUUGAAGUGGAGGCUAUAGGCCAUGUUCGACACAAGAAUCUUGUGCGGCUCCUUGGUUAUUGCAUAGAGGGAGUUCACAGAAUGCUGGUUUAUGAAUAUGUGAAUAACGGCAACUUGGAGCAGUGGCUUCAUGGGGCUAUGCAGCAUCAUGGUACUCUUACCUGGGAAGCCCGAAUGAAUGUUCUUCUUGGUACUGCUAAGGCGCUUGCUUAUUUACAUGAAGCAAUAGAACCAAAAGUUGUGCACCGGGACAUAAAAUCUAGUAAUAUCUUGAUUGACGAUGAGUUUAAUGGAAAGCUUUCUGAUUUUGGGUUGGCCAAGCUCUUGGACUCAGGAGAAUCUCAUAUAACAACCAGAGUUAUGGGAACAUUUGGUUAUGUUGCUCCAGAAUAUGCUAAUACUGGCCUGUUAAAUGAAAGGAGUGAUAUUUAUAGUUUUGGCGUCCUUCUCCUUGAAGCAGUAACUGGAAGAGAUCCUGUUGACUAUAGUCGGCCUGCUAAUGAGGUUAAUCUUGUGGAAUGGCUUAAGAUGAUGGUAGGAAAUAGGAGAGCUGAGGAAGUUGUAGAUCCAAAUCUUGAGGUCAAGCCUACAACACGUGCUCUAAAACGUGCACUUCUGAUUUCCCUUAGGUGUGUUGAUCCUGACUCAGAGAAGCGGCCGAAAAUGAGUCAGGUUGUUCAAAUGCUUGACGCAGAUGAGUUCCCUUAUCGUGAGGACCGAAGGCACAGGAAAAGCCGAACUGCCAGCAUGGAAAUUGAAUCCAUGAAGGAGAGUUGUGCUUCGGCUGACACUGAAAGCAGCAGGGUUCAAUCAGAGAGCCAUUAUACAUCUGAGAUGACUCGCUGAUAAAUCUGACCAAUGGUGAAUGCUCUUUCUUUUGCCUUAUUAACCUCCAAGAUGGAAAAGAAAAAUGAAAAAAAAAAAGUGACUAUCGAAUAGCACGACAUGUUUUGAGUUUUGUUGUUUGGAGAAGUUGUCGCGACUGGAUCAUGGACUCUCCUCCAGCAUAUAUGACAGAAGGAUGGAAGGAAUGGGCAUUGCAGGACAGUUAUAAUGAACAUGUACAGGUGAAAUUGGGGAGGGAGGAAGAGAUGGGGAGUCUUCAACAUAUGGUGAUCAUCAUCAUUCUUCAGUUGUUUUCUGGUUGAAUGCUGAGAUGAGAUAUGAACUUUGUCUUCUGUUUUCAGAUGCUCAUUCUCCUCUUCUUCUUCUUCCUUUUCCAUUUCUCUUUUAACUUAUGCUUUCUGGUAAGUUUUAUCUCUUUCCUUUAGCAGCAUCCCAGAAUUGAAUCAUUAAAAAAUGUUUCCUUUUCUAUCUCCUUUUAGCAGAUGUAGAUGUAGAUGUUGUUGUUGUUGUCUUCUCAUUAUGAUGUUUCUUUCUUCCCUUUCCCUCCCAUUUUCUGUCUUCUCUUUUCAUUGUAUAAUAAUGCAGUUGCCAUUUUCUCAUCUCAUCUGAUACCAAGUGACAAUCUUUUGUUGUUGUUGUGUUUGUAGAAGCUGAAUGUUAUUUGGAUACACAAGUUGGACACUUGUGGUAACAUUCUGCAUGGAUAUCUUGUACAUCUGCAUUGUUUUGACACACAAAAUGAAAUUAUUAAUGUACAAACACAUGGUAGGAUAAAAUCAUCUCUA